AUGUCUGCACAGAUGGAGAAAGAUGGUCCAGCCGGUGCAAUCUACAAAUGUUCUGACAAUGGAUGGAUAAACGAGAAUUUGUUUUUUGAAUGGCUACAACAUUUCACUGCGCAUACUAAGCCGUCACCUGAACAACCCAUUCUACUGAUACUGGAUAAUCAUGCCAGCCACAUGUCACUACAAAUCUUUGAGCACUGCAAACAAAAUAACAUACAUAUGCUUUCACUACCUCCGCACACAUCACACCGCAUGCAGCCGCUUGAUGUCACAUUUUUUGGGCCUUUUAAAGUUGCUUACAAGAGAGAGUGUGAUUUAUUUUUAAAAUCUCGGCUUGCAGAAAAAAUAACACCUUAUGAUGUGGCAGCGCUAUCAAACAAAGCAUAUGAAGCUGUGGCAUCUAUUAACAAAGGAGUGUCUGGAUUUCGAUCAACAGGUAUAUUUCCAGUCAAUCCUGGCGUUUUUUGCGACGAAGACUUUUUACCUGCUGAAAUACUUACAAACACUACAGACUCCAUUGCAACUGCACCCAUGCUUGCAUCUCCAAGCUUUUUGGCUAUGCCAAGUACACCACAGAUGGACCCUGCGGUAUCGGUCCCCACGCUUGCUUCUGCCAGUUUGAGGGCUUUGAACACUGCUCAAGCAUAUGCUCCAGCUUCGCCAUUUGCCACUCCACCUAGCCAAGUCGUUGAACAAACUUCACCAUCCCUAAUUGCAAAUUACAGUUCCUUCUUUGCAUCAUCCACUCCAGUAUCUCAAACCAUUCCACAAUUGUUAACACCUCCAAUCGCAUCCACUAGCUCUGUUUUGCUAUCGCCGAUCCUUGCACAAAAAAAUAUUGUAUCCUCACACACAGCCUUUGAAAGAUUGCUUCCAAUUCCUGAACAAACAGCAUGUGUCAAAACGAGAAAAGGUGCAAUCAAGCAACAUGCAAAAGUGUUAACGUAUACACCAUUAAAAGAUAGUCUUUUAGAAAAGGAAAAUAAGAAAAAAGAGAAAGCAGAGAAAGGAAAAUACAAAACUAAAGGUUAG